CGGGACACUUCCGGCUCCGGCUCCCGUCGCUCGCCCCGGUCAUCCUGACGCCCGCUCGCUGUUCAGAGCUCAUGGCCUGUGGUGGCCCGGCUCAUCUACGCGGGCGAGGAAAGGGGAGGAAACGGGAAGGCUGACGGCAGGCCUCUAGAGCCAGGCCGUGAGAACGCGCGCUUUGCAACUAGUCGGACUUUGCAAGUUCUAUUUUACCUAGAAAGCCAUUAACAACCCCGCCUCUUCCUGCCGUCAGGACGCUCUGCGCACGCGCGGCAACCCGCGCAGAGGUGGCCGCUUGGCAUUGUGUGAGAUGUAGUCCAUCCUGAUUUCCUUUCUCUGUGUUCGCACGGUAAAAGACCCAGUCCUUAAACUGCGAUUCCCAGGACGCGUGGGGUUUCCCAGGCUGCUUUGCGAAAGUAUGGCGGGCAAGAUGUGAAUGUCAAUAGUAAGGUAAACAGGGCAUUUUAAUUCAAGAGGUAAAAAAAGGACCGAAAGGAGUCCUUCACCUCUCUUGGAGACUUUCAUCUUGACAUCCGCCUAACACACUGUGUGAUGUCCAUGAGUAGUUUAUUCCAUAUCUUGUCCGCUUGAGUGUGUGAAUUACUAAACUUUAGAAGUUGCAGUCCCGAAGCCUCACAGGUUUGGUGAACAUGCUUUGUGCUUUUCUACGAGUUGUGCAGCGUGUGGAGAAGCUGCCCCGUUCCUUGGGCAAGCAAUUGUUGCCACACUUUGUGCUCACCAGAGCUUGCUUGCAGACCCAGCCUUUGAGAUGGGGGCUGCUAGAGCAGAAGAAAACAGUACAUCCUAGAACUGCUAUUGGGUUCGCCCAGAAAACCUUCUGGACACAAGGGCCGGACCCCCAGAAAGCAAAGGAGGACAGCAGCAAGCAAGUGUCUAUUCACAGAAAUCAGAGAGGGGAAACCAGCGUCUCAACUUCUCAGAAAGUGAAGGAAGCCGGAAGAGACUUCACCUACUUGAUAGUGGUGCUCUUCGGAGUCAGCAUUACAGGUGGCUUGUUCUACACGAUUUUCAAAGAACUGUUUUCUUCAUCCAGUCCUAACAUCAUAUAUGGGAAAGCCCUAGAAAAAUGCAGAAUGCACCCUGAGGUGAUCAGUGUGUUUGGGGAGCCUGUCAAAGGCUACGGGGAAAUGUCGAGACGUGGGCGGAGACAGCAUGUCAGUUUUAUUGAAUAUGAAAAAAACGGGCUAAAGCGCAUCCGUGUGAAAUUCUACAUUGAGGGCUCUGAACCAGGGAAGCACGGAACAGUGCAUGUGGAAGUGGAAGAGCACCCACAGAGUGGCCAAUUUGAAUUUCGAUACGUAUUUGUGGAAGUGGCUCCUACUAGAUCUAUUGUCGUUGAAGAUAAUCGUUCCCAAAAGAGUUAAAAGAAUCAAACCUGCCUGCUGCUUCCUGUAGGGGAUAAAGGGAUUCAUUGCCACUGUGAUCUUCACAACUCUCUUUCAGAAACUCUUCAGAAAAAUAAGAAUAAAAAGUAUGUCACACAGAAAGUGAGUAUAACGUGAGAGUUCAUGAGUAUGAACAAACCAGACUGAGGUUUUUCUUGUGAAAAAUCAUGAAAUGUAGCAAAUUUUACAGCAUCAUAUCUAAUUGCCAAUCAUGACAGUAUUUCAGCUCUAUGUUCAUGGUAAAUUUUUGUUACUGCAAUUAUACACCACAUAAAUAAAAGUUUCAGUAUUUUUGCUUUUUAA